AUGCCGUCGUGGUCGUCGUGGUCGUCGUCGGGAGGUAGGCUGCGGGGCACGAAGCAGAGAGGCGAUGGGCGAACUCGAGAGGAAUGUGCAAAUCUUUCCAACCGAAUGACCCCCCGCCGGCUUCGAGUCCCCCAUCACCUCCAGGCGGAAUGCUUCUACCACACCCUCCCAGCCCAAAUUUCGGCUCCUGUUCUUCGCGGCAGCAGGAAUCACCAUGCAGUUGAUCUACCCAUCAUCCCAGACAGCCUCAAGGCGACCCUUGAGGCACAUCGCUAUGCCAAUCGACAGAGGCUGAUUCGCCGCGUUCCCUUUGGCCCUUCCACCCACCCCGACGGAAUGGGGCCGUUCAAGAGUGAGCAAGGGAAACAACGGCAGAAGAGUUGGCCAGUGCAGAAUCUUGUAACGACAGAGUCUCCAGCCCCGACCUCGUCCGAACUGGGAUUGGAGUUGUUGACUUCUUCGACAAAGAAACGAAGGCUGGAUAUUCGUCCAAAUGGAGCCGUUUCAUUGUUUCGCAGACUCGCAAAGAAGGGCUCUGCAGGAUUGACUACGCAAAAGCAGGCCAUCCAAUGCCCGUGGUUAGAUUAUCUUGAAACAUCAGGACAUGACGGAAUCUCGCGUAUGGAUGACGAGAUAAAAGCCUUUGAGGCCUACAUAUCACCAGUACCACAGGAAGAAACCGCCGUGGAAAAUCUGGUUUCGGAGCUUGCGGACCUUCUCCAGCGAGCAGACCAUCCACAGCCACUACUGAUCGGAUCCAGACAGACAGGUCUGGCUCUGCGCCAUUCCAAUAUCGACCUACUCAUUCCUCUCCCUGAUCCCGAUGGCUCGUUUGAGAGCCGUGGGCCAAGCCCGACGCGCCCCAAGGUUGCAGAACUGCAACUUGAACGGCAAGCACAGAUAUCCCGCCUCCUUCGCGGUACUGCCAUCUUCAACUCAGUCACCCUUAUCCGCUCACGCAUCCCCAUAGUCACCGCUGUCCACGCGGCCACAAGCCUUCGGUUAACUCUUCAUUGCGGCACUCAAUUCCCUACCUCCCUUGAAUUUAUCCAAUCCUACCAGUCCGAAUUUCCAACUCUCCGCCCGCUCCUAGCGAUCCUCCGCAUGGUUCUGGAACAACGAAGCCUUUUCGGUCCUCAAAACCAGGGUAUCAACAAUUAUACCCUGACCAUGAUGAUCGUCGCCGCCCUCAAACUCUCCGAAGGCAAAUAUCCCCGCACAAACACCGCCGCACAGCUUCUUCACAUUCUCCGCUUCUUCUCCACGAUCAACUUCCGUCGCUAUGGCAUCGCCGUUGAGCCUCCGGCCAUCUUCCACAAACGAGGCCAUCGCAAAUCAUUUGAUCGGAUGCAGGCCGAUGCGCCGUCUGUCCGUGGACAAAUCAGCAUCGGUAAAGUAUCAGCGAAGUUAGCCAAGCACAUGCUGUGUUUACAAGAUCCAGCGAACUACAUGAACGACCUCGGUAUGGAGUGUUUUCGCACGUUAGAGAUCCAGCGCGUGUUUGGGUAUGUGUACGCUGAUCUGCGGGCGGCGAUCAAGGCGUGGGAUGGGGAGUGGGAGGGUACUGCUGAAGAAACGACGGGCGGGAAACGGAAGGAGGAUCUAAAUCUGAUGACUGCAAGGUUAAUUCGAGAUAGUGAGGAUAAAAAGGGUGUAAGUAUGCUGCAAUUAGCCCUUGGCGGGGACUAUGAGCGGCUUGAGACGAUGAGGGAUAGGAUUAUCCUCGGUGGCGGGAGUUAA